UCGACAUUUAUGCAAGACUUUCUCCCAGGAUCUACCGUGCAGACCAACCCAAGGAACCAGGGCUGUUCUGUGCAGUAUGAUGUUCAAGGAGAUACUGGUGCAGCCAGCACUGCCAGUCACCGCAACCUCUUCCAGAUGAACCUUCCUCAGUCUCCUCAUCUUCAAGCUUUGCCCUCCACCUCCCAGACAUGUAUGCCCAGCAUUUCAGCUCAGCCACCUUGCCAGAACCCACCGGUGUUCCUGGAUGGGGGCCAGACUGUAUCAGCUACUUCUCAGGCCAGUCAAAGUUCCAGUGAAACUGAGAAGAAGCCCUAUGGAUGUGCACAGUGUGGGAAGACCUUCAGCUCCAGACAGAACUACGCCAAGCACAUGUUUGUCCACACAGGUGAGAAACCCCAUCAAUGCAGCGUGUGUUGGCGGUCAUUCUCGCUUAGGGACUACUUGAUAAAGCACAUGGUCACACAUACAGGAGUGCGAGCAUACCAGUGCCCGGUGUGCAAUAAACGCUUCACGCAAAAGAGCUCCUUGAACGUGCACAUGCGGCUGCAUCGUGGUGAGAAGGCCUUCGAGUGUCAUGUCUGUAACAAACGUUUCUCUCACAAGACUCUGCUGGAGAGGCACAUGGCCACACAUAUUAUAUAAACACGUGUGCGCAGGCUGAACUAGGUAAAUCGCUCACACGCUGGAUUUACCUGGGAUAAUUUGCAUACUGAGCAGAUCCACGCCAUGCACACCAGGAGGUUUUACCCUGAGAUAUAAACCAGCUAUAUAGCAACGGCGUAAACACAGGAUGGGGAAGUGUGAACACAG